GCGGGCAUCGCGGGUGGUUUAAAAGCCCCGGCUGAGGAGGCGCAUCCCACAGAACCGAGGAACUCUACACCGGGAAAAGUUUACCUCCAACUACUGCGGACGACUUAAAGGUGGGAGAAGCAGCAAAGAUGGCAACUCAACCGCAGCAGCCGCCCCAACUACACCUGGCUGAACUGACCGCAGCGCAGUUCAUCGACAUCUGGAAGCAUUUUGACGUAGACGGAAAUGGUUACAUCGAAGGGAAGGAGUUAGAAAACUUCUUCAGCGAGCUGGAGAAUGCGAGACGAGGAGCAGGGAUGGAUCCCUCACACGCCACAUUCAAAGAAAAGAUGAAAGAGUUCAUGGCCAGCUUUGACAAGAAUUCUGAUGGAAGAAUUGAGAUGUCAGAGUUGGCACAGAUUCUGCCCACAGAAGAAAACUUCCUGAUCUGUUUCAGAGAGUUUGUUGGAUCCAGUUCUGAAUUCAUGGCAGCCUGGCGGAAGUAUGACACUGACCGCAGUGGAUACAUUGAAUCGAAUGAGCUGAAGGGUUUCCUGUCAGACCUGCUGAAGAAGGCGAACAGAAACUAUGAAGACAAGAAGCUUAAUGAGUACACGCAGACGAUUCUAAGUAUGUUUGAUCUUAAUGGCGAUGGGAAGCUGGGCCUCUCUGAGAUGGCCAGGCUCUUGCCGGUCCAGGAAAAUUUCCUGAUGAAGUUCCAGGGUAUCAGACUCACGGUUAAGGAGUUUGACUCCAUCUUCACUUUCUACGAUCAGGAUGGUAAUGGAUAUAUUGAUGAGCAGGAGCUCGAUGCUCUGCUGAAGGACCUCUGUGACAAGAACAAAAUGGACGUGGACUCAACCGGACUGGGGGAUUACAAGAAGAGCAUCAUGGCUCUAUCAGAUGGAGGAAAACUGUACCGCACUGAGAUGGAGAUCGUCCUCUGCCGGGACUCCAUGCUGUGAUUCCUCUGCCUGGGACUCUGCCGUCCUCCCCCCACUCCCUCCUCCUUCCUACCUCCUGAUGUAACCUGCUGCAUGUAUGACCCCCAGCCUCACUACACCACUUAGAGUGAAGACAAAAACGCUCCUGAAAGCACAGUGUACUGCAGCCCUGCUGUUUAGUCUUUGUACCGAUCAGAGUUUCUUCUUCUUCUUCUUUAAACAUGCAGUUCAAUAGUGAGACAGCCAUAGCAAUGACUAAAGGAAUAUAUUGAAUAUUUAUUCAUUUGAUGUCCCGUUUUUGAUAUGUUUCUAUUUUUAAAUUAAUUUCUGUCUACAUAUGUUCCUCUCCUGUUGAAUUUCAGUUGAAUGCUUCUGUUGCAUUUGUUUAUUUGUUUCAAACUCAUUCACCAUUUAUUAUUCUGAGCUUGUUUUAUUUGAUGAGGCUUGUACUGUUUUACUAAAGAUAUUACCGAAAGAAUGAAUAAAUAUAACAUGACA